UUUUGAAAAGUCCAAGCUGUUCUUGAUCUGUUGCCGUGCGUACUUUUUUUUUCAUGACAAUUGCAUACUCUGGUUUAGUACACUUGUAUCAGGCGAAGAAGCGCAAGUAGGUAAUUAAGUACAGAGCAGCAUUCAAAGCAUACAAAGUGCAGCCUAUUGUACCGCGAAUAUAGCAUAUAAAUGCAUAGCUACAAUAGGUACAGAAACGACCGGUUUUACCAUGUUUACGUUCAUCGAACAAUACGGUUGGGAUUUACAACGGUAUCGCCGUAAUCUCGUAUUCGCGAAUAAAAACCAACAGUUGCUCGGUUACGUUCUCGAUAACGCUGUAACUUCCGCACCUCGUUACUUUUAUCGACAUCAUUUUUUUCGAUCGACUGUUUUACAAUUACACGUUCAGGGAUUUCAAUGAUCGUUGGUUGGUGUACGGCUGAAAUACGAAGCAUUGCGGCACACGCGAGUGGAAAAUGGCGUAAUCGCGGCGGUGAACUACUCGACUAGACGGUGAAGCAUCGUCGCAAACUUUUUCAAUUUACGAGUUCUCGACAUGGUGGCACUAAAACAAACGGCGCUUAGUUCGAACGCAAACGUGUUCGUUCUUUUCCUGCGUCCGACCAACGCACGCACUCGUCCGUUUUAAUAGAAACGAGUCUUCCGAACGAAAGCAAACUUAAACGCAUCGACGUUGAACAAGUUCCAAACUUCGCAGGACAAACUGAAAAAUAGCGGGAGUCUAUCAGUAAUUCAAAAUUACAUUUUAACCUAGUAAAUAUUAAAAUACGCAAAUAGUAUCGAAAACAUUAGUGGUCCAGACAUUUAAACACUUAUGAGCCAAUUUAUCACGGUACAAGUUGGACAAUGCGGGAAUCAAAUCGGUUCAGCAUUUUGGCCUUUGGUAUUACACGAGUAUGGUAUACAAUCAACGAAUACUCCCGUGAAUUUACUGAAAACACAACGUACCCAUAGUAAAACUACAAAUGAUUUAUGCAAUGCGUUUCAUAGUUUUUUUUCUAUACCUGAUAAUUCGCAUGAUAAGUGCUUUAAAACUAUAACUGAUUUAAAAAAAGCUAAAGUUAAAGCUAGGGCAAUCCUAAUAGAUAUGGAAGAUAGCGUUAUAGCAGGAUUAAAGAAAGGUCCGUUAAACAAUUUAUUCGAUGAAACUUGUAUUGUAACAAAUUAUCCAGGAUCUGGGAAUAAUUGGGCUGUAGGUUAUUAUACUCAUGGUACAGAAUAUCAUGAUAAAUUAGAGGAUAGCAUUAGGCGCACAGUAGAAAAAUGUUGUCGACUACAUGGCUUUCUAUUUAUGCAUUCCCUUGGAGGUGGUACUGGUUCUGGAUUAGGAACAGCUACCUUAAAAUUGAUAGCUGACCUCUAUCCUAAUGUGGACAGGUACUUUUACAAAAUAAAAAUCUACAUGCUUUUCUUACAUUUAGCAUUUUUCAGAUUAGUAUCUUGCAUAUAUCCAACAAUUAUGCAAGACGUUGUUACAGCUCCAUAUAAUGCAUUAUUAGCGACGCGCGAACUUAUGGAACACGCAACGUGCGUAUUUCCAAUUGAAAAUACAUCGCUUUUAGACAUAUGUGCCUCACAAUUAAAUAAGAAAGAGAAUAUGGAUCAGAUAAAUUACAAUGUAUCGUGCAAACCGUUUCAAGAUAUGAACAGUAUCGUUGUGAAUAUGCUUCUUCAUUUAACUAGCGGAUCUAGAUUUCCUGGUGUUUUAAAUAUGGAUAUGAAUGAAAUAGCAACGAAUCUUGUAGCAUAUCCGAAGCUACAGUAUAUAUUUAGCAGCGUUAGUCCGGUAGCUUUAACCGCACCAACGAUAUAUACUAUGCAAGGGACAAAAUUGCAAGAUGAAUUGUUUGUCAAUGCAUGGUCACGAAAGAAUCAGUUGAUUAAAGUUGAUCCGCUACGGUCAAGUUCUGUAAUUCUAAGUGCCGCACAUAUCGCAAGAGGAAAUUGUUCUAUGACCGAUUUACAACGAAAUAUUGAAAGGUUUCAAGACAAAUUCAAGUUCACGGAAUGGAGCAGAGAAGCUAUGAAAUUAGGUUUGUGUUCCAUACCUCCAGCUGGACACUCAGCCUCUGUGUUAUGUCUCUUAAACUCAACUGCGAUGUCAUCAUUGUUUAAAAAUAUUAUAAAUCAAUUUACUACAUUAUAUAAGAGAAAGGCACAUGUGCAUCACUACACGAAAGUUCAGGGUUUCGAAGAAACAUAUUUUACCGACAGUAAGGAGACAAUUACAAAUUUAGUGGCACAAUAUGCAGAAUUACAAAAUAGAAAUCAAAUAGAUAUUUCUCGGCUGAAGAUAAUUUAAUCUCGAUUC